AUGGUGCGAAUUUUUGUACUCAUAGUUUCUUCGCAGAACACCCGCGAUAUACUCCGCGCAUUUGAACUAAUCGAAACCGAUAUGCAAAUCAAAACUCUCAUUUCUCAUGACGAGCUUGAGAGGAGGGUAAAGAGUGCUCAGGAAAUUUCUGCAAAAUUAGAGCAGCUUCCGGAUGUGGUGAAAAGCGUGUUUGACGAGUGUCGUUCAAAGCUUGAUGCAGCGAUGAAACAAUUCAUCAAUACAACAACGAUCCAUGAUGGAAACGGCUUGAACCUUUUAUGCAGAGUAAUUGCAAAUCCCGGCGAAGUUGGUGGAUCGGCGAACUGCAAAAGUAUGAGUCGCCCACCCGUAAUGGUGAAACUGCCAGCCUAUGGAGGAAUUGCGAACCAGUAA